AUGGAGCUGAGAGAAACUAAACUUAACCUCAGUGGGAAGGAUGGUUAUUCCAACGCUGCUUUUGAGGAAGAAAAUAUCGAGAAGAGGAGGUCACAAAGAUAUUCACUGAGAAAUCGUAAUGAAUAUAAUGAAGAUAGUAUAAAUACCGAACAGGGAGAAGAAAAUGUCACUACCGAGCAAAAUCUCCCCAUACAGAACAGAAGCCUAGAUGAAAGUGAAUGGACACACAGGAAAGGGUACCUAGAAAAGAAAUAUGAUGUGACUUGUGACUUCCUUAGAAAACACCAAGCUGUAAUCCGAUACAUCUUCUAUGGCAUUUUAUUAGCAGGCUGGUUGGCUCUAGUGAUUGCAGCUUGUGUGGUGAACUUUCAUAGAGCCCUCCCACUUUUUGUCCUCACUGUUGCUGCCAUAUUCUUUGUUACUUGGGACUACUUGGUGGCCAAAUAUGAAGGUCAGAUUGCUAAAUUCUUGUCUCCUGGCGGCAGAUUAAUAAACAAACAUUGGUUCUGGUUGAAGUGGCUAAUGUGGAUCUUGCUGAUUAUAGGAGUCAUUUGCUGGCUAAUUUUUGACACAGCCAAACAGGGAACACAGCCUCUGGUGUCUUUUGGUGGGCUUGUGUUCUAUAUUCUCUUGAUGCUAAUAUUUUCCAAGUACCCAACUAGGGUUUUCUGGAGACCUGUCUUUUGGGGAAUUGCAUUACAGUUUCUUUUUGGUCUCCUCAUUCUAAGAACUACACCUGGAUAUGAAGCAUUCAAUUGGUUGGGGAAACAAGUACAGAUCUUCUUGGAGUACUCUGACGUAGGAGCCCAGUUUGUCUUUGGUGAGAAGUACACAGACCAUUUCUUCGCUUUUAAGGUCUUGCCAAUAGUGGUCUUCUUCAGCACAGUGAUAUCCAUGCUCUACUACCUUGGAUUCAUGCAAUGGCUCAUUAAAAAGGUUGGAUGGUUAAUGCAGGUUACCCUGGGAUCAUCUCCUAUUGAAUCUGUAGUUGCUGCUGGCAACAUAUUUGUGGGACAGACUGAAUCUCCACUGCUGGUGCAACCCUAUUUAUCACAUCUCACCAAGUCUGAGCUCCAUUCAAUCAUAACAGCGGGAUUUUCAACCAUUGCUGGAAGUGUCUUGGGUGCAUAUAUUUCUUUUGGGGUUUCAGCAUCACAUUUGUUAACUGCUUCAGUGAUGUCUGCUCCUGCGUCUUUGGCUAUUGCUAAGUUGUUUUGGCCUGAGACUGAAAUCCCUAAAAUAACUCUCAAGAGUGCCUUAAAAAUUGAGAAAGGGGACUCAAGAAAUAUCCUGGAAGCAGCAAGCAACGGAGCCUCCUCUUCCAUCUCUCUGGUGGCUAACAUCGCUGUGAACCUGAUUGCCUUCCUGGCUCUCCUGGCUUUUAUAAAUUCAGCCCUUUCCUGGCUAGGGAGCAUAUUUGACUACCCUCAGCUGAAUUUUGAGGUGAUCUGCUCCUAUGUCUUCAUGCCUUUUUCCUUCAUGAUGGGGGUUGACUGGGAAGACAGCUUCGUAGUUGGUGGACUGAUAGGAUAUAAGACUUUCUUCAAUGAAUUUGUAGCCUUCCAACACCUUGCAAAAAUGAUCAAAUUGCGAAAACUAGCUGGACCCAAAUUUGUCAAUGGUGUGCAACAAUAUAUAUCUGUUCGCUCUGAAACCAUUGCCACCUAUGCCCUUUGUGGCUUUGCCAAUUUUGGUUCUCUGGGAGUAGUGAUUGGAGGACUCUCAUCUAUGGCUCCUUCCAGGAAGCGGGACAUCGCCGGAGUCGCUUUUCGAGCUCUGAUUGCCGGUACCGUAGCUAGCUUCAUGACAGCCUGUAUUGCUGGCAUACUCUCCAGCCCACCCAUGGAGAUAGAUUGCUAUAGUCUUUUAGAAAAUGCCUUCAACUCAACUUCACCUAGCAACACAACUGAGCUAGUUACCUGUUGCCAAAACCUAUUUACCAGGACUGUCGCCAAAAAUGUCAGUGAUAUCUUACCAGAAAGCUUAUCCACCUUGAAUGGCUGCUGUCUGAUGCUGAAUCCAACUACAUUUAACUGUGAUUGGGUCACUACCUCAUUCUGAGCUUAGCCUCUUCCCCAGAUGGUUCCCCGCACAGACUUCAAUCAAUUUGAAAGGAACAAUGUGAAAAUGAAUCCAUGUGUUCUGCACUUCUUUAUUGAAGGAAGGCAAAAUUGUGGGUGAAUAUCAGCUGCUAUUAUAGAUUAAUUUUUCCAUCAUGGAAUCAGCAUGGACUGGAAGAAAAAGAGAAGAAUUAUGACAUAUAAAAAACUAUUCACUUCCCAGAUCCCCUUUCCCUCCCCCACCAGGAUACAAGGCUAUUUUGUUAUCUCGAUGGAAUCUUCUCUUUAUUCUCUUCAUUGUCAUUCAGGUUUGGUAUUCCAGAACAUUUCACCUGAACACAGGUAUUAAUAA